CUGUCCUGAAGUCUCAGGAAGCCCCAUCAGAUGACCAAGAGGAUUUAUCUGGGAUCUGGUACUCAAAGGCCAUGGUACACAAUGGUAGCCUACCCAGUCACAAGAUGCCCAAUAUGGUGUUCCCCGUGAGAGUAACAGCCCUGGAAGAAGAAGACUUGGAGGUCACAGUUGUAUUCUGGAGGGAGGGUCAUUGCCAUGAGUUUAAAUUCGUGUUGAAGAAAACGAAAGAGCCUGGCGAAUAUACUGCCUUUCAUGGCAUGAAGGUUGUUCAUAUUGAGAAGACAUCGGUGAAGGAGCACUACAUUUUCUACUGUGAAAGCCAGCGCGAUGGGAAGCAGUUCGGAAUGGGAAAGCUCAUGGGGAGAAACCGUGAGGAAAACCCAGAGGCCGUGGAAGAAUUUAAGAAUUUCAUAAAGCGCAAGGGACUCAGACUGGAAAACAUGUUUGUGCCAGAGAUUAGAGAUGAGUGUAUUGAGGAAAGUGACUAGGCAGCUACCCAGGUCUGCAACAGCUGAGUCAGCCUUGCUUCCAUACCAGGUUGGGGCAUCCCUGUACCUCUCCUGGACUAAACUUCCCAUUGCUUCACCUCCACCCCCUCAGUACCUGUUUCCCCUCCCCUGACUCCAAAUAAAGCUCUUCAGCA